UGAACCCUUAACUUCUGCCAUCCUUUCCACCAACACUACUCUCUCUCUCUCUCUAUUAUUCUCUCUCUUCUUCUUCUUCUUGCCCUUCAAUUUUAGACCAAAUAAACGUAUCAACAAAAGUCUUUCUCUUCUUCUUUUUUUCCUAUCAAUUCUUUUGCUGUGAGGCCUCAUCUCUUUUUUUUUUUGGGGUUAUUUGGUUAUCUUGGUUCAUUGAAUAUGGUGACUGCCAUGGCAGAUCUUUUGGGGAUCUGCAUAGAGGAGCUGCUUCUUGUAUCAGCUUUCAGGUAGCUGUCUCCAGCCUGCAUCAGAUGUUAUUAACUCACUACACACCAAACACAACUACAACACAAAAAACGGCAAGCACUCUGAAGAUCUUUACAAAAACGGCACGCAAGUUUCCUUCCUAAGCUGUUGAAAACAAAUAAAAACCACCGAGAAAAAUGUCAUUUUGAGUGAGAGGUAAAACAAAAAAAGAAAAAAAAAAUGGGACUUAAAGGUUAUAGCGUCGGGGGAGACAUAGGAGGAGAGAUAGUUGAAGUUCAAGGCGGUCACAUAAUCCGAGCCACGGGACGCAAAGAUCGUCAUAGCAAAGUCUUCACAUCUAAAGGUCCACGUGACCGGCGCGUGAGACUCUCAGCUCACACGGCGAUUCAGUUCUACGAUGUUCAAGACCGGUUAGGGUAUGACCGGCCAAGUAAAGCCGUGGAUUGGCUCAUCAAGAAAGCUAAAUCCGCCAUCGAAAAGCUCGAAGUCACUCAAGAACCGGAGAAUAAUACUAACACGGGAUCUUCUCCUCCCGAGCCAAACUUGGUUAAUAACCAGACGCAGUUCGUGGCGGCGAAUCUUGAUCCUGAAGACGCAAUGAAAACGUUCUUCCCGGCGACGACGACGACAACAACAACCGGUGGUGGUACAAACAUGAAUUUUCAAAACUACCCUCAUCAUGGUGACGACAAUAUAGUCUCAAGAACAGCAGCAAGAACAACACCGAACCUUAGCCAAGAUCUUGGACUCUCUCUUCACACAUUUCAAGGAAACAACAACAACAACAACAACACAGUAGUCCCCGAGACCAACAGUUUCGUCACGACUCCUUUUGAGACAUUCGGGAGGAUCUCGGGCUGGAAUCAUCACGACUUAGCGAUGACGUCACCUUCAUCACCAUCGGAACAAGAACAAGAAAGGAGUAAUGGUGGUUUCAUGGUGAAUCACCAUCAUCAUCAACCAUCGAUGAUGACAUUGCUUAAUAGUCAGCAGCAACAAGUGUUUCUUGGUGGCCAACAACAACAAAGGGGUACCCUUCAGUCCAGUUUAUUCCCUCAUUCUAUUCGUUCUUGGGAUCAUCAUCAUCAUCAUCAUCAAACGACGUCGGAUCAUCAUCACAAUCAGGCUUCUUCUUCUGUGAUGUUUGCUUCUCCAUCACAGUUUGGUUCUCAUGGGAUGAUGAUGAUGCAAGGCCUUAGUUUCCCCAUCCAUGGAGAAGAAGCUACUCAACCAAACUCUCCUUCUUCUACUCCAAACUCACACCUCUAAACACAGACGCAAAGGGUAACAACAAUGGAGGUUCUGAUUCAUCAUGACAUUGAGCUAAAAGGAGGAAUUAAUGUGAUGGAAGGAAAGUACGCAAUAUAUGUUUAUUACUAUACCUUUCUAUCCAUAUAUUUAUGAAUUCAAGACUACUAGCUAUUUCUCUUUUACUAUUUUUAUUAUUCAGUUUUGCUUAAUUGUUCUAUGAUUUUGCACUGGUCAUCAAGAUUACCAUAUUGAACAAUGAACGAGAUGGGUUCUAUG